ACCAGUUCACAAAAAACUAGCCACUGUAUUAUGGUAAUCUCACAACAUAGCCAUUUAGCCCCAAGACAAGCGCAGAUCCUUCCUAAGCAUGUCCAUUACUGCCUGCCAGGUGACGAGAUCCCGAUAGCGGACGACUAUGACAUGUACCAGAGAGAAGUUGUGCCCCAAUUGCCACUAGAACUAGGUCAAGUCCAGUUGCCUUUGUUGAUCCAAGGAGAACCAGUGCUUAGUCCACGUGGGAGAAGACCUGUAUCUCCUUGUGGGGGACGCCAGCCUUGCCCUUUGGAUGGUUUGACAGAUUCCUUCGGCAGCAACUUGAACACUUUCCCUCCAGGAAAACCAAACCGCGACAACAUUGGAAAUAUAUGCAAGAAGAGCCGCGCUAAAACAGUGUAUGGUCGCCAGAACCUUCCUCAGACUGGGUUCUCUCACCUCAGCAGACAAGGACAAGCGAUCAAUGAGCUGGAAGAAGGGUUCACCGCAUGUUGUCGUAAACCUGAUAAACUCCGAUGUGCAGUGGAUGUGUGGAAGAAGACACUGGAGGAUUUCUGCGUAUCAGAAUUCUCGGUGAAAACGCGCCAUUACCACUGCUGUAAGAAGUCUGGAUCCGAGAGGGAAACCUGCUUCAACAACGAUGCCCCCAACCCCAGCUACGUCACGUCUGCCGCACUGCAGGAGAUCAGCAGUGAGGAAAUAUCUGCUGCGGCGAGUCCUCGCAACCUCAAGGCCUGCCCCCCUAACUCUCCUAAAUGUCAGGAGGACAUGGACAGCAAGUAUAAGCUGUCAGGCCUGGCCUUUCCACCGGGAGAACCCAAAUCCAGCAAUAUCCAGAACAUCUGCAAGCUGAGGAAAUACCGCCCACUGUACACCGACAACCUGCUGCCAAACACUGGGUACGGCCAUUAUGUGCGCCGGGCCAAAGCCAUACAGCGCAUGGAGGGCGAGUUCAAGAAAUGCUGCAAGACGGAUGAUGUGGCCUGCGCUCACGCUGGGUGGAAGAAAGUUCUUGGAAAGUUUUGUGCCCAAGAGCAGAUAGUGAAGACCAAACACCAUGAAUGCUGCAAAAAGAGGGAUCAGACCAGCAUGACCAGCUGCUUUGCUAGUGAGGCUCCAUUCCCUGAAUAUGACAGAGAGGUAGAGGUCCUGAACCUGGGGAACGUGACAGAGGACGACCUGCAGAUACUGUGCGGAGAGUCCAAGCUCCUCUCUAAGCAAAAACAGAUGCCAUUACUUGUGUCGAGUAUUAAAGAAAGGUGCUGCGCCCUUUCCCAGGAUGAGAAGCUGCGGUGCGCUGCGGAACAGAGAGAAACCUUUAUUAAGACUUUGUGUGGCCCCAAAAAGAGCUCAUGGAAAGACGCCCAGGACUGCUGCAGUAAGGAUGAGCAGGGGCGGGAGCAGUGCUUCACAUACUACCUGCAGAACAUCUCCAUGGCCGUCUCACAGAGGACCAAAGGGCAAUAGGAUGGUCCCAUCACAAGGAAUACUGACCACAGAUCUGUGGCCCCCAACCACCCCAUCCGGACCCAGGACUAGAAUUGUAUUGAAUGUGUUUUUUUUUGUGUGUUUAUACCUGGUCCCUGAAGACCAGAACUCAGACUUUCCAGUUUGAUAUUCAAUAUAUGACACUGUCUGGGCUCUGUAGGGUCACCGGCAAUGGGUGAUGUGUAAAUAAAAUCCGUAGAGGAGAGUCACCCUCGCAAUCACCUUGGCUGGGAGGAGCUAAGAACUCGUGGGUGGGUAUUAAUGACCCGUGGGUGUGGCUUCUGUAAGCUAGUUCUAACCACACUUAUUGCUGUGUGAAUGGAUUGAGGUUCUAGGCUUAAAGGGGUACUCCGGUGUAAAACUUUAUAUAAAUAUAUAAAUUUUAAAUCAACUGGUGCCAGAAAGUUAAACAGAUUUGUAAACUACUUCUAUUAAAAAUUUUUAAUCCUUCCAGUACCUAUUAGCAGCUGUAUACUACAGAGGAAAUGCUUUUUCCUUUUGGAUUACUCUUCUGUCACGAGCACAGUGCUCACUGCUGACACCUCUGUCCAUUUUAGGAACUGUCCAGAGCAGGAGAAAAUCCCUAUAGCAAACAUAUGCUGCCAUGGACAGCAGAAGUCAGCAGAGAGCACCGUGGUCGUGACAGAAGAGAAAUCCAAAAAGAAAAGCAUUUCCUCUGUAGUAUACAGCCCCUGAAAAGUACUGGAAGGAUUAAGACUUUUUAAUAGAAAUAAUUUACAAAUCUGUUUAACUUUCUGGCACCAGUUGAUUUAAAAAAUAAAUAAAUAAAUAAAUAAAUAACCUUUUCCACCGGAGAACUCCUUUAACCUGCAUUUGCAUACAAGACACGUGUUCGUAGCAUCCCAUAAUGCUUUGCAAGUCGCACACGACAGUACGGACCGAUACCUUACAUGUUCCAAUGGAUAUAAAUGGAGGGAAGGAAUCCUAUGUACUCUGUGAAAACAUUGCCAAGAAGAGGGGUUUUUAUUUUCGUAAAAAAAAAAACUUUUUUGUAGCAGCUUCAGGUUUAAUAUUUUCCUGUUGAGAUAAUUUUUUGUAAAAUUUAAGUAUGAGAAUUUUGUAGUAGUAAAAUGAGCCUUAUAUUUUGUGCUGUUGUGAUGAAAAAUAUGUAAUAAAACCCUUUCACCUGUGA